AUGGCCUCCAACCCUUUCAACUCUGCCGAGAACUCCAACUCGGGCGCAAAGUCAGAGAAGAUGAAUGUCCACCGUCAAAUGAUGGAGAACAAGUUGCGCGAGAAUGAAGGCAACCCUACCAACGCAUACGUAUCUCCAUCGGACGCCAUCAUGAGCCCCGCCAGCCAAAAGCUCUCCGGCUUCAAACAAAGACAAAUGAACAAGUCAAACCCAGUCAAGCCACGCACACUGUUCGCAAAGACCGCCGCCUCAAAACCCGAAGAGGAGACUGCCGAGACAAAGACCGAGAAUGCCUGA